AUGUCUCAAGAGCAGUUCAAAGAAAGACUUGUGCAUAUCGAACAAGAAAUGGAAACUCUGAAUAGCGUUAUUAGUGAAAACUUACGGACAACGCAAGAACCUGUUUCACAAACAACAACAGAAGAAACAACGAAGGGCAAACACAACUCUGCUGGUAGUACCAUGGAUCACAAACGUGAUAAGAUGGUCUACAGUGCAAAACCAGAUGGACUUAAAUGGAAAAAUUCGGAAAUAGAAGAGGGGGAGCUGCAGGAAUGUAAUAGGAAUCACAAUAUCUCGCAUGAAAAGGUAACGGAAGAGAUUGAAAAGCUGGAAAUGCAAUUGCGGGAACUGCUGCAAUCAGGCAAGAAGGGGACUGCUGAUAGUCAGAAUAAGGGUAAAGAAGUCUUGAAGCCAACAGCUGGGAGGCACCUUCGGGAAAAUGUAGUACAGGAAGACGAGAAUACUCAGCCGUUACCGGCUGUUGAUACCAGUUCGCCCGACAUCGCUCAGGACGUUUCAGGCACAGCAGCAGUUCUUGGGCCGAACAUUGAGAAAUACGAACAGGUAUUAGUCCCACCGUCCACAACACUGCAGCUUGCCCCUGCCAAUGUUGCAAGAGACUCAGUUAAAAAUGAUACUAAACUAGUAGUCAUUGCUGACCAAAAAAAGGCAACCAAGACGAAAGUGGACGCUUCUGACUCUCCUGAUGCCACUAAAUGUGCUCCUGCUGGUACAGAAACUACUCCUUCACAUAUGCAGCCAUUGAAAAUGGCAAAACAGCGGCAGAUCCACGAGGGCUCCACAACCGUUAUGAGAUCUACUAGCAUCAACGGUAAUGGGUCUUGGCGCUCCCCCAACCCCUUCCGUGUCGUAUCGAUCACCGGUGGGAGUAAGUCGUCCCACAGAAGCUCCACCAGCACGUCUGCUGCCGGCACCGUUACCGGCACCGCUGCCACGAACCUUCAUCUUCGUGCAACCUCCCAAUCCUCUAAUACUUCCCCGCCUGAUAACACGACGGCCAUCUCUUCCGCAGAGGACUACGCCAUCGGCAAACUACAACGCAAACACGACUAUUUAACCAUGAAAUGUGUCAAAUUAUCAAAAGAGCUAAAGUACUUAAACAACAUGAAGGACAAUGGCUCUCUGCCCGUUGAAGACACCAGAAAACUCUCAAAAGCACUGGAAAAAUUACAGGAAUACUUGGACAAGAAAACCAAAGAGAAGUACGAGAUUGGUGUCCUACUAUCCAGGAAAAUCCGCAAACAAAUCGACAACGGCUCUACAGGACAGUUCUGGCUGGGGGGUAAAUAA